AAUGUCAUUUGUCAUCAUUACACAGCGAAAAACAAUUUUUCAACAACCAAUUCUUGUUUUCCAAAUAUUCGAAUGAAAAUGGGCGUAGAAACCGACGUUGAAAUGAAAAACGCAGACAGUCCCGCAGGUAUGGAAGCCGGAGACAGCAAACGGGACAUCGACUUGCAAAGCGUCCUGGAAAUUCGCGAACAUGCCAGGCAGAUCGAGAAGGCAGUGAGCAGCAAAGAAAACCGCUUCAUAUUGAGAGUUUUACGCUGCUUACCUAACACCAGAAGGAAACUAAACGGAACAGUCCUCAGAAGCCUUAUCAAUCAAAUGUACCCCGUCGCCGAAAGAGACGUGCUGUUCGGCCUCAGCGAGGAAUCUGCCAGUGACGUAGACGCUACACAGUCGAGGGCCAGAUCAGCCACUAAAACGCCUCUUCCCGAAGUAGAUGCUUACAUUCACUUACUACUUUUAGUUCGACUGAUCGAUACCAAUAAACUAGCUGAAGCCGAGCGGUGUUCGAACAUAAUCAUGAACAAAAUCACCAGCCAGAACCGACGAACCAUCGACCACAUAGCAGCUAAAUGUUACUUCUACCAUUCGAGAGUGGCCGAGCUCACCGACAAGCUCGAUUCUAUCCGGAGUUUCCUCCACUCCCGUCUACGAACAGCCACCCUGCGAAACGACUUCGAAGGCCAAGCCGUGCUGAUUAACUGCUUGCUGAGGAAUUAUCUGCACUACUCGCUGUACGAUCAAGCCGAUAAAUUGGUGAACAAAUGCGUCUAUCCCGAAACGGCCAGUAACAACGAAUGGGCGAGGUAUUUGUACUACUUGGGCCGGAUCAAAGCCGCCCGGUUGGAGUACAGCGUUGCGCACAAACACCUGAUUCAAGCGAUGAGAAAAGCGCCUCAAAACGCUGCGAUGGGUUUUCGUCAAACGGUGCAGAAACUGACCAUCGUUGUGGAGUUACUGCUGGGGGAUAUACCAGAAAGGCAGGUCUUCAGGCAGGCCAAUAUGAGGCACUCAUUGGCUCCUUACUUCCAAUUAACCCAGGCGGUUAGAAUGGGGAACUUGCACCGGUUCGGAGAAGUGUUGGAGAACUUUGGGCCCCAGUUUAGACAGGAUCAUACCUUCACUUUAAUACUAAGGCUUCGUCAUAACGUUAUAAAAACAGCCAUAAGAUCAAUCGGGUUGUCUUAUUCGAGGAUAUCCCCGCAAGAUAUAGCCAAGAAACUCGGCCUGGAUUCGGCGGAAGAUGCGGAAUUUAUCGUUGCUAAAGCUAUUCGGGAUGGCGUAAUCGAGGCUAUCUUGGACCCUCAAGGGGGGUACAUGCGAAGCAAGGAGAGCACCGAUAUUUAUUGCACUAAGGAACCGCAACUCGCCUUCCAUCAGAGGAUAUCGUUUUGCUUGGACCUGCACAAUCAAAGCGUGAAGGCCAUGAGGUAUCCUCCGAAAGCGUACGGGAAAGAAUUGGAAUCUGCCGAAGAGAGAAGAGAAAGGGAGCAGCAAGAUUUGGAGCUGGCGAAAGAAAUGGCCGAAGAAGAUGACGAUGGUUUUCCUUAAAUUGUGUAGGAAUGCGUUUUAUGAGAGUUUUCGAAAAUUGGAUUCGAUUUUUAUUUAUUUUUUGCUUUAUAUGUUUAAUAAAAGUUUCGUAAUUUUUACUUUA